AUGGACAAUUCUUCAGACGAUUACUUGCCCAGUCAUUCAUCAUCAGAUGUUGACUCCGACACAAGCUCAUUGCAAUUGAAACCCAAGAAGAAGAAAGCUAAAAGAUUAUCUAUCCAAUCGAAGAAAUCUAAUGAUAGUCUUCAUAUGAACAACCCAGUACUCACAUUAUCCACCAGUGACUUUGCAACAGCUGUAAAUUCCUCGAGGUCCAAUAUAAUUCAUCCUAGUACAGAUAGUGAAACUGACGAUUCUUGGCAGGAAAUAAAUCCUAGAAAAAAGACUAAAAGGGAGCAAUCAUCGCGAUCCGCAACCUUCUACUUCUAG